AUGGUAAAUUAUAUCAUUUUUAUACAUCGAUACAAAUACAGGGCUGGAUUAAAGAAGUUCAUACUAGUAAUUGGAGACAUCGAUCCAUCACAAUUAUCUCAGUUUAUAUCUAAAAUGUAUUAUACAAAGGAUAAAUGCAAAAUCAUUGUACUAACUCCUAAUGACAUCGAGACUUACACGGCCCAGGUAAAACAGGCAGACAACCUUUCCAUUUCCUUAUGCAUUAUGAGAGGUGACAUUGAAGUGGAUGGAAAUUUAACAAUUUUGGAUACGAUACAAGCCAGAUUAGCAAGCUCGAUUUUCAUACUAUCGUCAUUCAAGGGCAAAGACCUGAGGAUGAACGACAUGAAGACAAUUCUGAGAACCAUCGGAAUAAAAAAAUACGGCUGCAGAAGUGAGAUUGUAAUGGUUCAAUACUGUGCUCCAGUGACACAUUCAAUUUUCCAAAAACAAUACGGAAUAUCAAUGAGUUUAAGUGACCUCAAACUUUGCCUCGUUACAAAAAGCAUAACAUGUCCAGGAAUAAUAACCCUUAUUGUGAACUUGUCACUGAAUCAAUACUACAAUAUUGGACACACUCAGAAUCACUCUUCAUGCCCGAAAUCAUUAAACCUUUACCAAUCGUAUUUAAGUGGAGCCGAAAAGAGUGUUUGCUUUCACAAAAUACCAGAACACUACGUUGGAAUCCUUUUUGAGGUGAUAUAUUUAAUUGAUAGGCUAAAGUUACAAUAUUACAUAUCAAUCUCACUGUUAUUGUGUGAAACAUUUUUUGAUGUGAGCGGUGCCAUACUAAUAGGAAUAAUUUCGGUAGAUGAUCCACUCAGUUACAAAAUCAAUCCCGUGGGAACAAAUUAUAAUAUUAAAAAGGGCGAUACCGGAAUAUUCAUAUUAGAUUUUGACACCUCUCCUGAUUUCUCAAAAAUUAAUCUGAAAAAUGAAGCUCUAAUUAAAAGGAACACUAUUCUAUUGAAGUUAAUAAAGGAUGGAAAGGUAGUGGCCAAUCAACACAGUGGUAGUAGUUUAACCUUAUCAUGUGACUAUGAUGACACUGAACCUCAGUACAACGACGAGAAUGAAGACGAGUUAUACAAAAUAGAAUCGGCACUAAUAUUCCCGGUGGAAGCAAAGAAAUUUGACGAGCCUUAUGAUCCAUCACUUCCUAUUGUAGUUAACACAUUAAGUUCCGCCAAGUCUAACAUAUUCAAAAACAAGGAUUUACCAGUGGUGACCAUAAUAGGGUACUCUGAUUUCGUUACUAGGUUGCUCUUCCAUUUCAGUACAAUUAACGAGUUCAAUGUCAUAAUAGCUGGAAACAUGAUUUCAAAAUCACUCGAUAUCCAAUUCCUUCAACGAUUCAAGAGAUUUGUGGCAGUCAUAGAUGUCGAUCUCAUGAAAUACACUGAAAUAAUAGGGUCCGAGCUCCACUUGUCAAACUACUUUUACAUAACUCCAAAUUCAUUUGAGACAAAACUGGAAAACCACUCAGAUUUAUGUACAAUUGUAAUAUACCGGCAAAUUAGAAACGUGAUUAAAACACUCCGCAACUCAAAUUACAAUUGGUUAAAUAAUGUCUUUGGGAUCGUCGAACUUCAAAAUCUGAGCAAUGUCACCUUUCUAGAUGAUUCAAAAUGGUCACACUGGAAUACGUAUAACGAAAACGUUGACUCAUCACUUAUAUACAUCAAUUCUCACUACUACGCCAUGGGCCAAAUCAUCAGCGACGAAAUGUUCUACAACGUCAUCAUAGGCUCAUUCUCAUCCAGCGAGAAUUAUAUGUUGUACAAUAUAAUGAUGGAUAUGAUAAGCAUUCCAGGUUCAAAGAGGAAAAACAAGGGUGUUGAGCUGACACGACUUUCCGAUGUAAAGGCCAUUGAACCCAAAACAACAUUCGGUCACAUGUUUACUUACGUGUUAAAGGAAAUGAAUUCAAUCUUAAUAGGGAUCUUUAGGAUGUUAGUUUUAACCAAAUAA